AUGGCUCUCAGCAUCGCGUCCACUACCAAGAGGUUCCACGUCGCCGUCGUAGGCGUAGGCCUCGUCGGCGGCGAGCUCAUCAAACAACUUCUCGCCUUCCCCCAACCCUCUCCCUUCCGGCUCGUCGCGCUCGCCUCGUCCAAGACGACGCUCUACCACCCCGACGGGCUCACGCUUGCGCCCGACGCGUGGAAGACGAUGCUCGCGAGCUCGGGGCUCAAGCCGGACCUGCCAUUCCUCGUCCGCGAGCUCGCCGGGCUCGUGCGCCCCGGCCAGGAGGCCGUCUUCGUCGACAACACAUCCUCGGACGCCGUCGCGGCGCUCUACCCGGACCUGCUCAAGCUCGGGGUGCACGUCGUGACGCCGAACAAGAAGGCGUUCUCGGCGGAGCUCGGCCUGUACGAGCGCAUCCUCGCCGCGAGCCUCGAGAGCGGCGCGCGGUGCCUAAACGAAGCGACAGUGGGCGCGGGGCUGCCGGUCGUGUCGACGCUGAAGGAUCUGGUCGCGACGGGGGACAAGGUCGUCAAAAUCCAGGGCGUGUUCUCGGGGACGAUGAGCUACAUCUUCAACGAGUUCUCGACGGGAAAUGCGGAGGGUCCGAGUUUCUCCUCCGUCGUCAGCGUCGCGCGCGAAAAGGGCUACACCGAGCCACACCCGGCGGAUGACCUCAACGGUGCCGACGUCGCGCGCAAGCUCACCAUCCUCUCGCGCGUCAUUCCGGUACUGCGCACCGCACUCCCCGAAGGGUACAAGUCCGUGCAAACCAAGUCUCUCGUGCCCGUCGGGCUUGAGGACGCGGCUACAGGCGACGACUUCAUCGCACGACUUCCCCAGUUCGACGCGCAGUUCGACGCGAUGCGCGCAGAAGCGGCGAAGGCGGGGCAGGUCCUCCGUUACGCGGGUGUCAUCGACGUGCAGAGUGGGGUGAUCAAGGCGGGUCUUGAGAGGUAUCCAGCGACGCACCCGUUCGCGACCGCGCUGGGUGGCUCUGAUAACGUCAUCGUGUUCCACACCGAACGAUAUGGCGCGCGUCCUCUCGUCGUGCAGGGAGCGGGCGCAGGCGCGGCGGUGACAGCUAUGGGUGUCAUGAGCGAUCUACUCAAGCUCAUUUGA